AUCGUUAUCAUCGCCGUGCCAACGCGACUCUUUCCUAUCAUAGCGCGCGUCUAACCCUUUUGCUUAUGACGGAUUGCGGAGACGCUGCUGACUGAACCAUGAACUAAAGCCACGCCGGUCGCGGCCGGAAUGCUGCACGCUUAGGAAGACACUACUUUUACCCCAACGCCUCAACGCUCACCCAAACUGAUCCUUUUCCUGGGGUUCUCUCGUCGCAAUCGCUGCCACGAUGGAUCAAGGACAAGGCGAGCAGGGACGUCCUUUGGCGUCGUCGUCGACUUCGACCACUACCACCUCUGGUCCACACACAACAACCACAACAACCUCGACCACGCCUGGCCACGGCGUGACCGUGCAACAUUUCGGGCCACAGUCCACCACAAUCACACACCCUACCGUCACCACCAUGACCCGCACACCGUCCGCCCAGCCCUCCAUGUCUGACCUAUACGCGCCUCCCUCAAAUCCUGCCCAGCGCGUGCGCAGUUCGUCAAUCCGCAUACGAAGACCUUCGCACCAGCCAAGCCUGAAUACUCCUCAAGCUACGCCCGAUCCUGUCGCUGCGCCAGAGCCAAUAUCAGAGUCCGACAACACAUGGCAGACUGGUCGAAGACGAAGUAGCUCUGAACCGCGCCCACCCCCACAGGCUAUGUUCGCCGACGAUAGUCUACGACGCCAAUUAACAGGUCCACACCUACAACCUCUUUACGAGGAUGGCGCAAAUCCCUCUACCGGCAACGGACCGCCGCCUUCUCGAGGCCCUAGCAACGCGCGGAGAGGAUUAACUCGUCAAUCCUCCGCAUUCCACAUGAGGCGGAGUCAGAAAGACCCCAACCAGAACAUGAUGGGCCACAACCUUGUUGACGUGCUUGAUGUCAUUGAUCCCGAAGUGUCUGCCCUUACUACCCUGAAUAACGUUCAGAACUCGCUCUUCCUACCCAAUUUGCCAUGGCUCUACAACCGCCAGCCUACAUACGAUCUUGGACAGACUACGUCGGACUCGUCGGAUGAAGAGAUGGGUACAGCCAGGGGUGCCGGACGCGAGGAAGACCAACUCCCCGAGAUGACACAACAAGGCGAAGUAGAGCAAGCAGCGCGCGGAGGCCGCGGAACGUUGCAAAGAAACAACACAAUCGACUCGAAUCUUUCAACUCUGGAAGAGGGCGAGGGCCAUCACUACGCUGUGCUGCCACACGGUGCUUCCUUGACAGGCUGGACUGACGAGGAGAAGGCAGCUUUGGACGAUCACGUCCGACACCUUCUCCACUCCAGGCGCGCAAGAUUCAAGCGGACUAUGAAGGGUUUCGGACGUUAUGUCCGCAAUCCCCUUGGCUUUCUCGUCACCCUAUACUUCUUCCUUAUUACCUUCUGGGGAGCGGCAUGGGUGCUGUUCCUCAUCGGCUGGAUUUACGUGGGUGACCGACAGGCCUACUUCGUCGAGAUUGCCGACCAGGUCCUGACAGCCUUGUUCUGUGUCGUUGGAAUCACCAUGUUCCCCUUCCGUAUCGUCGACACCUACCACAUGAUUUGGGUUGCCAAAUAUGCACACAAGACCUGGGAAGUACGUAAGAAACGAGGACUACAGGACUUGAAAGACCACAACGAGCUACCAACCAUGCCCCGAUCAAACGCGUGGGAAACAGGCGAGGCAGAACAAGAAGGCGUUGAAGCCCCUGUCCUCACCGCCGAAGAGCAAAAAAGGCUCGAAUAUCAUCAAGCCAAGCUCGAGAAGUCACAUACCUUCUACCGUCCCCACGAAACGUAUACACACCACGCCUUCUCCAUCCGCCUCCUCAUCGCCAUCAUCGUCCUUCUUGAUUUCCACUCCAUGUUCCAAUGCGCACUUGGUGGUACAACCUGGGGAAUUUACUACAAAGAUCGUCCCAAGGAAGUCACCGCCAUCAUCCUGAGUUUCAGUCUUACCUGCAACAUCACCGCUGGUAUCAUCAUCGGCCGCGGCGAUAAGCGCAGUCGCAAGAAGCUUGUCGUGGAACAAAUCCUCCGCCAGGAAAUGACGGAAGAAGCGCUCAAGAAACUACGAAAGGAGAGAGGUAUCAAGGCCAAAGGACUCAUGACGAAGAAGCAGAAAAAAGAGGUCAAGAAAGAAUUGGUUGGUCCAAAGAAAAAUCCGUUGGACACGAUUUUGCAUCGCGGAUAGCAUACUUACUUCUCUUUUCUUAUUAAGUUGACGAUGAAGAUGACGGAUAGAUUGCAUACUUUUUUUUAAUUCUAUACCCUUUUGGCGGUUUGCGAACGCCUUUUGUUCUUCGCAACGAAUUUGCUCAAUGGACCGCUGCUGUCGUAUCUCAAUUCUUCUGCACUAUCCGCCCUUGUCGUUGCAGUGCUAUUCAUCCUGACUUGUCUAAAAGUACAAUCGUGCUUGGACGCCACACAGGAAACCCUUUAGGUUUUGUUGAGUCCAAGCGACACGACCCUUGAAGCACACAAAUACCCAGAUUACCGACUGUUACCAACCUUCAGCAGACGCAUACGAAACGCUCCACCAACCCUCGUACUAUACAAACGUCCUUCCAGUUCUAGUUUCCAUAGAGCGCAACUAUCGC